AUGACUGAUACACAGUCUCUCCAACGUCUUCUUCGAGAACAGGACGUUGGAAUUCGUAAAACAGACGACGAGAUAACCGCUUUGCUUGCUUUUAAGGCAGAUUAUCAAACUUUAAUAACCAAGCUGCAUGAUUUUCCGAAAGCUGUAUCGAGACCGGCCAUUCUUCCAUUUGGUCGAAAAGCCCUGGUUCCGGGGCGUCUGAUCCACACGAACGAACUACUUGUUCAUCUCGGAGGUUCUGAUGAGUAUUUUGCCGAACUGUCUGUUCACGAGACGAUUGAGUUGAUCAAGCGUCGUAUUGAACGAUUGGAUGCCUCGGUAGAAAAAUUGAACGAACAGCGUCGAUUGAUCCAUGACCGUGUUCAAUACACCAGCCAGUUCGCUCAACAGGCACCGCAUAUUAUCACUCAGCCUCCAUCGACCGCGAAGGAAUUAACAACCGUUCAGGAAUGCGAUGAAGUGGAAAUUCGUGAAUCCUACGACUCUGAUACGGAACGAGAGUGGCGGGCAAAACAUCGAUCUGCACGUGAAAAAGAACGCGAGGCUCUGACCAAGAUGCCCGAUCCAGUUAUAAAACGACGAGUUCGUUUUGUUAAAGGAACCACAAAAGCGAACAGUCACCAGGAAGAAAAUAACAACAGUGAUGAUUCCGCAGCGUCCUCGACUUCUUCAUCAGCCAGUGAUAACUCACCUCCAGAAAGUUUUAUCCAUUUUCAGCAUAGUUCUGUUCCAUCUCCUGGUGUACGCAUAGAAAUCCCUGAUCAGGGCAACAUGACAGUCGCGGAAGCAGUAAAUCAAAUACGAACUCAUGGCACUCUUUUAAUCUCUGAAUCAGCAGAACCAAAACCCACAAGUGCUUUCACGGAGAUUGUCGAACGGGAUGCAAACACGUGUAAAGGUGACUCUGAGUUGGUCCCAAUGGACAGCCAGUUGCCAGUGCAACCAGCUCGUGUAUCUCGAUUUCGGGCGGAACGUCAGCGACACAAAUGCCGCUGGGAAACAAAUACGUGA